UGCAAGUGGAUGGUAAAAGUUGGGACAGAGUCUUUCAUGUCUGUUCCACAGGGCCAUAGCGCAGAGUGGCACAGCCAUCUCCAGCUGGUCCGUUAACUACCAACCCCUCAAGUACACCAAGAUCCUGGCCCGGAAGGUGGGUUGCACCUACGCAGAGACGGCUGACCUGGUUGACUGCCUGAGGCGCAAGAACUUCAGAGAGCUGGUGGACCAAGACAUCCAGCCGGCCCGCUAUCACAUCGCCUUUGGGCCUGUUGUGGACGGAGACGUAGUUCCUGAUGAUCCAGAGAUUCUCAUGCAGCAGGGGGAGUUCCUAAACUAUGACAUCCUGAUAGGAGUGAACCAGGGAGAGGGGCUGAAGUUUGUGGACGACAGUGAGGACAACGACGGCAUCUCAGCUGCGGCGUUCGACUACACCAUCUCCAACUUUGUUGACAACCUCUACGGAUACCCAGAGGGCAAAGACAUCCUGAGGGAGACCAUUAAGUUCAUGUACACAGACUGGGCGGACAGGGACAACUGCGACAUGCGGCGGAAGAAGAUACCAAGUAAUUUCAGUCAGUCCAUUGGAUGUUCUUCUUGGACUGUCACCACACUCCAUGUUGCGAUGAACAAAGGUGUCAUGGUACUGCUGAGAAUUGCUCAGAAGCUUAUUGAGAAUCUCUGACUUGGACAAGGAGCACUCACCCAGUCUGACAAAAGAGAUCAUUGGAAGUUCAGAGAGAACGAUUCUGUCUUCAAUGAAGCCCUUGGACUCUGACAGAGACUGAGGUCUGUACUUUUUAACAAUGUCUCUCAUGGCCCACAGCAUGAGUGUGCACUGAUUGGUGUCACAAUUGGGAAGCAUCAGAGGAACAGAGAACUGACACAUGGACAUUUUUAGUGCGAUUUCCUGCUGCAGAAAACCAUCAGAACACAGAAUGAGAGCAGUGAUAAUGUCAAGAGGGUUCACCUUGUCAUCUGUGUUUGUACUGUUAAAUAGAUUUUCAAAGGAUAACUUUGCAUUCCCUGAUGAAUUGUCACUGCAUGAAUUACAAACUGAGGUACAUUUCACAUUCCUAGCUGUCACAUUAACCAUCACCAGUUUCUUUAGAAAAUACCAAGGAAGGUCUGAUUUCUGAUUCCCAGGUUCAUCAAUAAGAGUCUUCUCAUCAAUCUCAAGUAUUUUUCUCAGUUGUAUCUUUUUUCUGUAGUACUGCUCCAAGCCCAGAUCUUCCAAUAACCUCGCCAGCUGUGUCUCUGUGGAUAAAAAGAUGGUUGUUAUUUCUGGAAAAACAACCAAGUCAGCUACAUUGGGAUUGGUUUCAUGUAGUUUUUGUCUACUAUAUUUGAACACUCAAAGCGCUUUAUACAACAUGCCUCGUCAACACAUAUUUCUAUACAAGCACUGUUUUCUACACGUAAAUGCGUUCUGUCUAAUCUUCACACUCUAAUGAACACA